AUGCCCCAGUUCAUCCUCAUCGGGAAGCAGUCGGUGGGGAAGAGCCGCCUCAUCGAGGCCCUCGCGGGGGAGACCUUCAACUUCAUCUCUGGGACCCUCGGCAGUAGGAGGCCUACCGUUUUGGAGUUCAGGAACGUCGCCUCCCACACCGUCUCGCGGUGGUUCGUGCGCGACCGCAAGACGAACCAAUGGGAGGAGCAUCCCAUCGCCAUGGUGAUGAAGAAGGUGGGCGACGCCCACGAGGAGCUGGGGGAGACCGUGAGCCCCGAACCAGUCUACGUGCGCAUCGAGUCGCCAGUCUGCGUGGACAUGCAGAUCGUGGACCUGCCUGGCUUCCGCGACUUCGCCCUGGACACGGGCAAGCAGAUCGAGCAGCUGGUCGUGGGCUUCAUGCGGGAUAGGCGCAACGUGAUGCUGUGCGUGGAGCAGGCGAGCGACGCGGCGAACAUUUCUGUGACCAUUCUCUACACUCAGGUCUUCCAGUUCGCUCCGCGUCUUUGGCUUUCCUCCCUGUGGUAA